AUGCAUUUUUGCGCUGGAAAAAAGCGUUUUGGAAUCGGGCUAACCUUUACGAACCGCAAAAAGCAUUACGUUUGGGCGUUUAACUUUACGGGCAAACUUGCCGCAAUAUUAUUAUUGCCGACAUUUUUAUUAAAAUAUUUUUUAUAUUUAAUAUUGCUUUUAACUAUUUUUAAAUUGGGCGUUAUUUUUGCCGAUUUUUUGCAAAUUGGUAAUGGCAACGGUAACGGUAAAAAUAAUAAAGUAACAAAUAACUUUUUUUCGGUAAUUAAUAGUUUUGCGGUUAAAUUUAAAAAAAAAACGAUGCGGCUGGUUUUUAAUUUAUUAAUAAAUUUGGUUAGGGUAAGGUUGCGGGUUUAA